AUGUCAGCCUUACUAUCAAAUUUGGAGCCAUGCAGUAUUCAGUUGAAAACUUUGACAGAAGUCACCAUAUUCAUAUUGAUAGGCUUCACAGACAAUAUUGAGCUAAACAUCUCCCUGUUUUUAUUUCUGGCAAUCUAUCUUUUUACUCUGAUAGGAAAUUUGGGACUAGUUUCAUUGGUCAUUGGGGAUUCCCAGCUCCACAACCCCAUGUACUAUUUUCUGAGUGUGUUGUCAUUCAUGGAUGCCUCCUAUUCUUCAGUUAUCACUCCCAAAAUGUUGGUCAAUUUACUGGCAGAGAAUAAAACCAUUUCACUCCUUGGAUGUGUAACACAGAUGUUUCUAGCUUUUACUUUUGGGACCACAGAAUGCUUUCUCUUGGCUGCAAUGGCCUAUGAUCACUAUGAAACAAUCUACAACCCACUACUGUAUUCAGUUAACAUGUCACCCAGAGUCUAUGUGUCACUCAUCAUUGUUUCCUAUGUUGGUGGCAUUUUGCAUGCUACAUUACACACAAUGACCACUUUUAGUCUAUCCUCCUGUGCAACCAAUGAAAUUAGACAUGUCUUUUGUGACAUCCCUCCUCUCCUACUGUUUCUCAUUCUCACAAUCAACCAGCUUCUACUCUUCUUUGUGGGCUUUAUUGAGAUAAUUACCAUAUCAAUAGUCCUGAUCUCUUAUGGUUUUAUUCUGUUGGCCAUUCUUAGGAUGUGCUCUGCUGAAGGGAGGCAAAAAGUCUUUUCUACCUGUGGCUCUCACCUAACUGGAGUGUCAAUUUACUAUGGAACACUCCUCUUCAUGUAUGUGAGGCCAAAUUCCAGCUAUGCUUUGGACCAUGAUAUGAUAGUGUCUAUAUUUUACACUACUGUGAUUACCAUGCUUAAUCCCAUCAUCUACAGUUUAAGGAACAAAGAGGUAAAAGAGACAAUAAAACUUAUUUGA